GUGAUCCCAGUCCGACAUAAUAACAGUAAGAAAAAACAGAAAGUGGCUUCCAGGAGAAAAGAAUUGCCCUUGUCAUCAGCGAAAGAAAAUGCGGUAAUAGAGGCCAGUUCUACGAAGAUAAGAUGACGCUGCGUGCGACGUUCAGUGCUGCACUUCUGCUGCUGUCUGGCUUCCAGGCUUAUCAGGACCUUUUCAUUUCGGGUGAAAACGUCGAAAUACCCGAGGAUGUGUCAGUUGGUAGCACAGUGGUGCGGCUCAGGGAUAUUCUUGCGGCCAACUUUAGUUCUGCAGAUGACCGCAAUGGGAACAUCACAGCAGGGGAUGAUUCGGGGCGAUUUGGGUUUCGUGCUCAGGACUUGACGCUGAUCGUGGCGGCUCCGCUGGACUACAAGUUAGAGCCGCGGUACAACCUGACGGUGGAGCUGACUGAUAACGGCAACAAUAACGUUCUGUACGUGACUAUCAUCAUCGUAGUCAUGGACGUGCCGGGAUACCCGCCAUUCUAUAACAAACGGUGUGAAACGCCAGUCCUUCGGGAAAGAGAGAGCGACAGGGUCCUCGGGGAUUAUACCGUACUCAGCAGUGAUGACGGGUUUAAAGCGUAUGUUAACGGAGAGGUUAUUUAUUCGUACGCUUAUGACUAUCUUCAGACCAAUUUGCCUAGGAGGUACGCGGCUAACUUCGUGUUGAAAGGUGAUUGUUCCGGGAGAUUCGUUGGAAGCACAAACGCACUUUUAGGCGACUUGUCUGCACUCAUCGUGGUGCUUCAAGGACAACAAGGCAGAGCCGAAUUCAUAUGUCGGGACCGAGAUGGGAGGAACAAGGGGAACAUUACUGUAUUGGACAUUUCCCUCGAUGACGUCGACUUGCCUCAAUGGGCACAAAGUCGUCAGUUCCAAACGGACGAAGGUGAUAGUUUUUUCUUUAUAUUUCAGUUGAUUGAAAUAUGGUCCACAUCAUCAUACUGGAUACGAUGUGGCGGUAACUUCAGGCCCCCCGUUGCGGACGGGACCAGUCUGGUGGAAUGGACAUUUCACUACAACGUAACAGGGUGUCCUGUGGGAUCCUACGGUGUGUACUGUGACAAGAACUGUGUUUGCCAGAACGGAGCCCGUUGCCAUGGCUUUAACGGUGCGUGUGAGUGCCGUCCGGGCUGGAGAGGGAGGGCAUGUGACGUCUCCUGGCCUGAGGUCGUCAUCAUCGCGUCACCUGGCGAUUCAGUCGUGAAGUACAUCGGUACCAAUCUGACUUUGACCUGCCUGGCCCCACACAUCCACGUAGCAAAUAUGACAUGGGCUUAUCAAGCAGGAAAAGGACGUGAUGACACAAAGGUCAUUGAAGAAGGGACAGUACAGAACAGGUCCAUCAUCUUUCAGCCGAUCCUAGAAUCAGCUAACGGCAGGUAUAGUUGCAUGGUACAGGACGAAGAUGGUGAACUGUUUAAUGCGACUUUCACUCUAAACGCCACGGAAUGCCGACCAAACUAUCAUGGGGAAGAUUGCAGCCAAGUGUGUGACUGUGAGUACGGAGGGACGUGUGACAGGUGGGAGGGUUGUCUGUGUCCUCCGGGCCGUCAUGGAGACAGGUGUGAGCACAUAUGCGCACCUGGCACAUUCGGGUGGAACUGUAGUAUGAGCUGCCAUUGUGAAAACAACGCCAGGUGUGAUCCAGGCAAUGGCAGCUGCAUUUGUGCUGAAGGACAGUCGGGUGAGUUUUGUCAGAUCGUCUCCAUCAGUCCUGAUGAUAAUCAAGUCGUUGUUGUAGUGUUGGCGGCCGUUAUCCCGAUCAUUGCUAUAAUCGGUUGUAUCGCGACUGGAGUCCUGGUAAAACGACGCCACCGCCGCCCAAGAAGUCCGGACCGCCCAACAGUGGACUUAGAACUGGCGUCCGUUAUGGAAACUCUUUCAUCAUGGGAAGUAGAGAAAGAGGACAUUCGUUUCGAGCACAUGAUCGGUGAGGGAGAGUUCGGCCAUGUUGUGCGGGGAAGACUGCGCGUGCCCGAAGGAUACGAGGUUUUGGUGGCCGCCAAAAGUAUCCGACCUGACCGCAUGACAGCCUCUGCUGUCCGUGACUUUCGCCGCGAAAUGACCAUCCUCACUAGGAUCCACGAGGACAAAGAUGGACACCCGAAUGUGGUGAAGCUUUAUGGGGUCGUGACUAAGUCUGAGCCGCAGUACAUCCUUGUAGAGUACGCGAGCCAUGAAGAACUGAGGCGGUACCUGUGGAGUCUGCGUGAACAUCUCAAGACCACGGGGAAUAGCAAACUGCUGGAACGGCUAGGUUUUGCUUGUGACGUUGCCAGUGGCUUAUCGGAGCUGGCACGUCUGAAGAUCGUGCACCGGGACAUCGCAGCUCGUAACGUCGUCAUCAGCGACAGAAAGGUGGCAAAGAUCGCGGAUUUCGGGCUGUCGCGCGACGUUUAUGUUUCCUCUGCGUACGAACGCACCAACCGGGGCGGGGAGGAGGAGCUAUUGCCGCUAAAAUGGAUGGCUCUGGAGUCGUUACGGGACGGAGUGUACACGUGCGAGAGUGACGUGUGGUCGUACGGCGUGCUACUGUGGGAGAUCGCCAGCUUUGGGGAGGAGCCGCGCUAUGCUGGUGGUCCGAUGCACCCGGACGUGUGCACACUGUUGGAGCUGCUGAAGAAAGGAGUCCGUCUGCAGCAGCCGGAGAACUGUCCCAAGUCUGUGUACAAGAUCAUCAGGUCCUGCUGGAUAGUCGACCCAUCGAAGCGACCGACGCCUGAUGAACUGUUUCAGAAGAUGGACCAAAUGAGGCCACAAAGACAAGCUGCGAUCCUGGCCAAUAGCAAUCGUUGACUUUUCUUUCAUACCAAUCUCUCCCUUAUCUUAUACUGGUUAAACGCAACAAUCUAUAUCGAAGCCAAUGAACCAUGGGAAUCUAUUGAAGUUCGGAAAUGAAUCAUUAUUUUUUAACAGUGGUGUUUGCUAAAAUUGUAAAUAAUUUUCUGUGGGUGAACAGUGAACAAUGUUGUCCAGAGUGCCUCAUCUUUCGAGGUGGACGGAUGCCUACACUUGAUCAAAUACAGGCCUGGGAUGCAAAAAAAUCCAUACAGUCGGAUUAGGUUUAAUUUAUUUAGAUCUAUUCUGACUACUCAACUUUCCAUGAUAUUGCAUAUAAUGUGUAUUUCAUUUACUAAUUGAUAUGAUUUAUUUGAUUCGAUAUUGUAUCGUUUUAUGGGGGAACGUGUCUAAAAGUUGAGACAGCGUUGG